AUGGGUAGGAAUCGCUCUACCAUACAGCCUACGGCGUACAUGCCGAACCGAGUCGCUUUUGUUCAACAAAAGCUUCUUUGGCCCCCAAGUGCCGUGUCUACCUCUCUAGUGGUCAACCACAAGGGCCCAAGGAAAUAUGAACGAAAACAUGUGGGCGCCAAAUUGUCCGCGAUGGUCAUGCUUUCCGCCUCCGGAUCCACUCCCAGCUGCCCAGGUUAUUCGGCAGCGUGGCCAGCUGCAAAUGCAACUGCUGUGCCAGCCUGGCGGGGGGUUUCCUCGCUGUGGCUCCUUGCUGGCCCCGCCAACAAUAAUAACAAGGAUCAGACAGAACAAGUCAACUCCGUCUCUCCCAACAAUAUCUCAAAGCGUUUCCCCAUUGACCUCGUGUUCCCGGUCACCUUGUUCUCUGAAGUGAUCAUCUCAACCACCUCUUGGGAGGUACUGUAG